CGGCGCAUUCCUUUAUGACGUCAUCAAAAAGCGACGGUCUCCGGUUUGUGUACCAACCGUCGAUAAUAGCUGCGCCAAUUGGGUUUUGCCUCCCCCUUCUCUCCUCCACGCGUCGUUAUCAUGAGCGUCGGAGGGGAUGAUGCAGCGCUGUCAAAACAGCUGGGCGGUCAGAUGAACACAACACCAGCCCAUUUAAGUCCAUUUUUAUUAGCACGGGGGUUUACAAACUAGCGUCUGGCACCUAGAUAUGUUUUAAUUUGGUGGUCCAAGUAUACAUUAGAUUGAUCAGGCAUACAGCUUUUUCAUAUAUGCACGUUGGUUAAUGUGCAGCGUUGAUGCAACCUAAUUUCAAGUAGUGUAACUUUGAAAUAAUGACGUUUAUCCUAGCUGCGGCGAUCCUUAAAGUUACCAGGAAUGGUGAAUUAACAACACUUUCCAAGAUGGUCGCUGCAUUAUAGCAGUGGCUGGAAUAAACGCAGGUCUGUGUUUUGUUGGCACAAAAGUUGCCAGCUGUGCAUUUAGUACCUGGAUCUUCCACCGCUAUCAUAUCGAUACUAUAGAAAUCAUCAAUACUUGUGAAAAAUGCAGUAUAACAGCAUAUAAGUGUAGCAAGUGCAUCAUCUGAAGCAGAUCAGAAUUCAUACGUAUCUAAUAACAAAAGCAUACAUCAUUUAAAGAAAAUAAAUCUUUUAAGAUAAGUGGAAGAGAAUGAAUAGACAUACUCACUAUGGAUGGUGAUGAUUAUUUUUCUUCAUGUGUGCUGAUCACUACAGAUGUGGUUUUGGUGAGUCAAACUUGACUUGUUUUGACCAACCAAUCUACGUCACGGGAAAAUUUUUAUUCUAAUUAAUUGAACAUGCAAUCAUGUUGUAAAUAUAGAUAAAUCAGAUGAGUCAGUACUAGUUAUCCUGAAGAUCCUGGGCAGAUUAAAUUGACAUGGCAACAAAUAGUGAGUUUGAAUCUGAUUGGACAAAACAAAAAGAGAAACACUAUGAAAUUAGAAUGGACUGAUGGAAAUAGAUGGAACCAAUAUUAGAAUUUCGGUUGUAAAUGUUGGGCAGAUAUUCUCAGAGUACUUAGCCUGGCAGAGAAGGCCUUGCUGUCGCUGACCUUCCAGCACUAUAGUGCAGUGAGUUUCCAAUGUCUUAGACAGUAUCUGCAGCGAUCCGGUGUUAAUGGGGCCACCCUCGUCAGCACCAGAAUUGACCGCCCAGUCAGUUCUACGCUAAAACCGGCCCCUGACCCAUGACGGAAUACUGCGAGGACGGGGGGCUGCUGUAUGAGCAAUCUCCUCCCAUGCACAUCAAAGUGGAGUCUCCCGAGGGACUCUCCGCAGGGGGUGCUUCUGACAACGGCUUCCCCAGGGAUGAUGACGACUCGGAGGGCAGCUGUGACCAGAGCAGUGGACCGCGCGGGGGGUUGCCCUUCAACGUGGUAGUGGUGCACCCCAAACUCAUGGCGCCGGGCAUGUCCUCAGACGACCUCUUGUCCAUUGAACAAAACAGAGCUAUGUCAGCCGCACUGGCUGCCAAUGGCGCAGGCAAAAGAAAAAGUCGCUUCAGUGGCGCCGAGCUGGAGGUAUUGGUGUCUGAGGUGACGCGGUGUGAAGGAGAGCUGUUCGGCCCGGCGGGGAGGCUCCGACGGCGCGAGAGGGAACGCAUUUGGGCCGGAAUCCUCGAGCGGGUCAACGCCGUGUCCAGAGUUCCGCGCACGCUUCGGGAAGUCAAAAAGCGUUGGGACGACUUAAAGAGACGCAACGGCGGCCGGCUCGCGGACGCCCGCCACCGAAGCUGGUCUCUGCCUUCCAGCAGAGCGGUGAUGCUCGGACAGUCUUCCCAGUCCAGUCCGAGGCUUCAACACGGCAAGCAAAAGCAGAGCUCGAGGCCAAAGCCCACUUUCACGUGCUUUCCUGAGUCAGACACAGGUUUCGGAGGAGAGGGCUCUGAGAAAGAUGCUUUGGACAAGGAUGAUGACAAUCCAGAGCACGAGAGAGACGUUGGCGUUCCCGACUGUGACGAUGAAGACAACAGCAUGGAAGACAAACUGGGCCUCGGGUUAGGCCUGGGCAUUGGAGCCCCUCCGACCUCAGAACGAUGGCUGCCUCCCUCGCCGCUGUACAGCGCCCCUUUCCUCAACGGCAGCCCGGAGCCCAACAGUCCUCAGCCGUCGCUGGGAGCACAACAGGGUCCUCUGGAAGCCCCACCGCGCGGCUCCUGGCUCGAAGAUGAGCUACGAGGGCUGGGAGAAGCGGCGAUUCAGCUCGGAAACGGUGUGGACAAGAGCCUGCGGGAAUUCGCCGACUGUUUCCGUCAGGACAUGCGAACGCUCGUGGCGUCGCAAGAGGCGUUGGCGCUCAGUCUCCAGCAAAACAACGUCCUCCUGCAAAGGCUUUUGGGCGUGCUGGAGGCGCAGCAGCAGCAACAACAAUGCGUGCAGCAAACGCAAUACACACAGCAGCAGCAGCAACAACACGCGGAACAACAUUUGCAGCAACAUAGUGACGUCCCGCAGCACAUAGUACAACAGCAACACAAACUACAUCAGCUGCAGCUCACUCUGCAUUCGGACAGCCCCUCGGCUGGAUCCGUGGUUCCUUCGCCGUCGUCGCCCGACCUCCAAGCCGCUUUUCCCUCGCAUCCACCGGCAGGCGUGAACGGCUGCGCGCAGAAACCGCGGCGAGGAAGAGCUUUCGAUCACAGGCGCAGGAGACGACGCUGAGGACCGAAGCGACCGUCUGACGGUUAAAAGCACACACUUUGCAUACUGUAACUUGAUCAAUAAGGAUGUGACGGUGAAUCUUCUUUUAUCCCUCCUAUUGCUGUAGUAUUUGGAGUUUCGCUUCAUAAAAUACCCAUUGCACUUAAACGUUGUCCUUAGACAGAACUAUUAGACGUGAGCUUAUAGGGUGGCCUUAAAUGUAACUACAUAUUCGUAUGCUAUCAAACGACCUGACAAAUUGAGUUGAGGAACAACUUGACCCCUUUAGACACGUUUAUAGAGCUUGUGCUGAAUAAACAUUGUCUAACUUUUGGGGAGUAGGCUAGUAUGGUAAGUAGGGCUGAACAGUUUUAAAAUAUGUCAUUUCAAUAUUGCAUCAAAAAUCCUGCUGAACAACAAGUCAACAAGUCAUCAAUCAAAUUAUAACAGAAAUGCAUGUAUGUGGCUUUUUCCCAUCUUAAUUGCAGCCUUCGCGAUUUGAAAAUUGCAUUCUACUACAGACAGAGCUAUGUGUCGAUUUGAAUCCGAUUUAUUGUUCAGCCCUAGUAGCCAACAAUACUACUCCCAGAGAGUUGGGAUAUUUAGCUUUCAGGGGAAAUUUCAGGAUGAACCUACAAUACACUAUAACCUUUACAGGUUAACUUCAUUUGCCCUUUUCCAAGCUUUUGAAUGGACACGUUCCAUUGUUCAGUCUUUCAUUCUAGUAUACACACCUUGCUGUUUCUAGUCUUACAGGGAAGUGGCCACUGAGUUUUCGAGUCUCGGUCCCAUUCUGCAACAGAGCUGCAGAGAGACCGGAAGAGUCACAGAAAGGCACAAUGCAUUUGGCCAAGCCAUUGUGCAUCUGAAAGUUUACAAGUGUGAUUAUGUUCUCGUGUAAAAGUUAUUGUGCAUUUAAGUCCACACUGAAAUUUCACCCUACAAGCCAAUAUGCCUAACUUUUUGUGGGUAUUGUAUGUUGUAUUUCAACUGCUGUUGUAAGUACCAGCUAAUGUAUGCCUGUGUUUUAACAGUUCCAUGGUGAAUACUUUUCCAGCUUUGACAACACAUUAAAAAUGUGUUGGGUUCAAUGCGUUCUGAGACAACAACAAAAAAAUAACACCCGUUUUUUGCUUGUAUGCAUCACCAUAGGCUUGAGUCAAAUUAUUAGGAUGGUAUAAAAACAUACGUAAAUAUGUAGGGCAAAAUAUAUUCCUGCAUGCAGUACAAUUUGUGUGUGGAUUGUUGUCUAAAACCACAUAUUGCUUUCAUAUUUAUAGUUUUGCACAAGCUAUAUUUUGUAGAUAUAUAAUGUAUUAACACAAAUAAAAGUAAGACUGGUUGAUCA